AGGUCUUUAUCGGCAAAUCUUCGCUCUCAUCAAGAGGGCUUAGUUAAACCCAUCAACGAUGGCGACCGCAGUUGAGAUGGCCAUCGAGAAGAUCGACGAGGUCAAGUCGAGGAUUGGCCGCACGCUGGGUACUCCUAUGCGUUUACGUGAUCUUAUACGCCAAGUUCGGGCAGCACGUACCAUGGCAGAAGAAAGAGCUGUGGUGGAUAGAGAGAGCGCUAAUAUAAGAGAAAAUUUUCGGGAAGAUGAUUCACCAUGGAAAUGCCGUAAUAUAGCUAAAUUGCUCUACAUACACAUGCUUGGAUAUCCUGCUCAUUUUGGACAGAUGGAAUGCAUGAAACUUGUUGCACAACCUCGUUUUACUGACAAACGGAUAGGUUAUCUCGGUGCGAUGCUGCUACUGGACGAACGUUCCGAAGUUCACUUACUUGUUACAAACUCGUUAAAGAAUGAUCUGAAUGCAUCUACUCAGUUUGUGACUGGAUUAGCUUUGUGUACCCUUGGCUCAAUAUGUUCAGCCGAAAUGUGUCGUGAUCUAGCAAAUGAAGUGGAACGGCUGGUGAAAAGUAGUAAUACUUAUAUAAAGAAAAAGGCUGCUUUAUGCGCAUUUCGAGUAGUAAGAAAGGUUCCUGAGUUGAUGGAAGUAUUUAUCUCUUGUACUCGUUCACUUCUUGGUGAAAAGAACCAUGGUGUUCUCAUGGGUGCUACGACACUUGUGACUGAAAUGUGUGAGCGAAGCCCGGAUGUAUUGAAUCACUUCAAAAAAUUGGUGCCGAAUCUAGUUCGUAUUCUCAAGAAUCUCCUCAUGAGUGGCUAUUCACCGGAACAUGAUGUAACUGGGAUCAGUGAUCCUUUCUUACAGGUGAAAAUAUUGCGUCUGCUAAGAGUUCUGGGUAAAGACGAUUCAAGAGCUACCGAAGAAAUGAACGAUAUACUUGCUCAAGUAGCAACAAAUACAGAAACAGCUAAAAACGUAGGAAACGCUAUCCUUUACGAGACAGUAUUGACGAUCAUGGAAAUCAAGAGUGAAAGCGGUCUGAGAGUGUUGGCUGUAAAUAUUCUUGGACGGUUCUUGCUCAAUCCAGACAAGAACAUAAGGUAUGUGGCACUGAACACGUUGUUGAAAACUGUUGCAAUCGACUACCAAGCAGUCCAGCGUCAUCGUACAACGGUCGUAGAUUGUUUGAAGGAUCCAGAUGUUUCAAUAAGAAAGAGAGCGAUGGAGUUAUGCUUUGCGUUGAUGAACAAAACUAAUAUAGCAAACAUGACCAAAGAAAUACUGAUAUUUUUGGAAACCGCUGACCCGGAGUUUAAGUCCGAGUGUGCAUCAAAAAUGUAUGUUGCCACGGAGAGGUUCUCACCAAAUCACGAAUGGCAUCUAGACACCAUGAUCACUGUUCUUCGCUUGGCUGGAAAUUAUGUGCCAGAUGAGGUCGUUUCAUGUAUGAUACAACUCAUAUCUUCGCAUGGAGAGCUACAACACUACGCUGCCGUACAACUGUUCCAUGCUGCCCAACUUGACUCGACAAAUGCUCAACCGCUUUUGCAGGUGGCUUUUUGGACUAUUGGCGAGUUCGGAGAUCUUCUCUUGCAACCUGCUGAUGCUGACUCGGCUAAGGUUGAGGAAAGUGAUGUUGUUGAAGUUUUUGAACAUGUACUCCCAUCAACCCUAACAUCCUUGUCCACAAAGUGUUAUGCUGUUACCGCAUUGGCGAAACUAGCCACGAGGUUCACUUCUACUGUAGACCGGAUCGUAGCAUUAGUCAAAGUAAAUCAGGCACAUCUUCACUUAGAACUUCAACAGCGAUCUGUCGAGUUUUCACGUCUUCUGGAUUGUGGGGAUUUGAAAUAUGGGCUACUUGAGCGGAUGCCUGUGAUUACCCAUAACUCACUAAAUGCUGCUGCGGCACCGAUAGAAGAUGGACCCAGCCUCAUUGAAGAUGCGCAACCACCUGCAAACGCCACCGUUCCGACUUCAAACGUCGACUUGCUCGACCAGCUGGCUGGACUUGGAGAAGCACCUGCUGCCCCCGUCAAGACGAGCACCAAUAACGACUUGUUUGAUCUCAUGGGUGGAUCCGCUGCUCCGACGAUACCUGCGACAAACUCUGUUGUUGACAAUAAUCUCCUAGGAGCACUUUCGUCGGUAUCUGUUUCAAAUCCCAUUCCUCCUGCAGCAGCUCCUGCUGCUGAUCCAUUCGACUUGCUUGCUGGAUUUGGAGCUCCUGCUGCAGCUGCCGCACCUGUAGCUCCAGCCGCCGAACGUGUUGUUGCUUUGAACAGUAGCGGAAUAGAAGCUCACAUCAUGGUCGCUUCGCUUGGGCUGGCGGCGCGUUCGCGGAUUCCUCUGAUUAAACGGAGACUCUUCGACCAGCCGCACUUACAUCUGCGGGCUGCGGCUGGAUGCCUGCAGCAGUUCGGCGAUUUCUGCACAGUUGUCUGCAUCUCACUACUUACUAUUUCCGAUAAAAGAUUCCCGUCCGGAGAGAGAGGGCAAGGGCAGGGUUAUUUUUUGACAAGGAAGUGGAAUAGUUUUGAGCUGCGUAACAAUAGUUAUCACCUAUUCUGA